GGUCCAAUAGCUCCAAACCCGCCACUAGAAUCACAAUACAGUCAUCACCACUGCCACAAACCACCACAAAUUUCAAACAUUAUCAACCCAAAUCAAUAAUCUAUUAAACAAUUUAAUCACACAUCACGAAAUACGUAUUAUCAAUCAAUCAUCAAAGAAGAAAAUGUUUUUAAAUUCCAGCGCUGAGCGCGGGCAGAAGGCUCUUUGAGGCCUUUUUACAAACACUUGGAGUUUUGCAAAACCUCGGGGAAAACGACCGCCAGCGACUGGAAUCGACCAGAAAACCAAAGUACAAAACCACAACAGACUACCAACAAGCCUGACUCCAAACAAACAAGCAAUUAGCCCCAAUUAAUUCCUCAAAAGCUCCAAUUAAAACAACACCAGCUUCAAAGUUGCACAAACCCAAGAGGGAGUUGCCGGCAAAAACGAUGGACAAGCUCGGGCCAAACUGAUGGGGGUUAUGAAGAGGAGAAUCCGAUGAGUCAUUUGGUAUCGAUAGGUUGCACUUUGGUGGUCGGAGAUGGGCAAGUUGGUUGGGGAAUUUUACGAACAGGUGGUGGGCAGCCCAAAAACAACCGGUAGACUGUAAACGGACAAUAGGGAAAGCUGAUUGAACGUUGGGUUUAACAGAGAGGGUGAAGAGGGUUCCAGCGGUGGUGGAAGAGUGAAUUUUCAGUGUGCCAAUCGACCGAAAACAAGCUUGAAAGAUGCGUAUUCAUCGGAAAAGAGAUGAGAUGAAAAAGAUGAAGAUGAGGAGGGGGAGAUGGGAGAUGGGAGGGGACUUUUUCGUUUAUAUAUAAGGGAUAAAGUUUCCCUUGCUUCUUGCUUUCGAGCCAUAGUUUCCUACUUCAUUUCGGUUUUCCUUUUGAUCAUUUACUGGUAUUAAUUUUUUUGUUUGUGUUGCUGCGAGACAACAUAGACACAGAAGGUUUAAGCUCAGCCUCAGGGGUGAUGAAUCAAUCACACAAAUGUUCACUCGCUUCACCGAUACCAUCAAUGCCUUGAAAUCUCUUGGCAAAUAUGACUCCAACAGUGAGCUAGUGAGGAAGAUUCUACGAUCUCUUCCUAGAUCAGGGGAAGCUAAGGCGUCUGGAAACUACAGUUGAGAGUGUGUUUGGAAAUUCGAAGAUGUUCUUCACGGGCCCUUUUUGAAAACGAAGCCAGACAAGAUCCUUGGGUCCUUGAAUGAGUCAAAACAAAAGCUUUUUUCUACUAAGGUGGGAUUUUCACUAAAUUGUUCAACAACUCCCACUUCACAAUGUCUUUCUUUAAUAUAUAAAUCCACAAGCUGUCUAUUUGUACUUUUCUUUCACUGCUUGUGGUUAUCCUAUAAAGCCAUGAAUCGUAUCAGAUAAAUUCAAGCCACAAAACUUCCUCUAGUAGUAACCACUCUCAAAUCUUGAGAAAAAAUGGUGACCGUUCCAGUAACAACCUUAGCCUCAAAUGGCAAAACCAUUCCUCUUGUAGGCUUUGGCACAGCGGAGUUUCCGUUCAGUUCAACUGAAUCUGUAGAUGAAAUUAUUCUCCAUGCAAUUAAACUCGGCUACAGGCAUUUUGACACCGCCGCAAUUUACAUGACCGAGCAGUCUCUCGGCAAAGCAGUAGCUGAAGCUCUAUGUCUUGGACUUAUCAAAUCGCGUGACGAGCUCUUCAUCACUUCAAAGCUUUGGGUUGCCAAUGCUCAUCAUGAUAUUGUCCUCCCUGCACUACAAACCACUCUCAAGAAUCUUGGGUUGGAGUACCUUGAUCUCUAUCUCAUUCAUUUUCCGGUAAGCUUGAGACCAGGGGUUGAGUAUCCAUGGGAGGAAGAGGAUGUUCUUCCAAUGGAUUUGGAGUCUGUUCGGGAGGCCAUGGAGGAGUGUCAAAAGCUUGGUCUUAUAAAAUCCAUUGGAGUCAGCAACUUCAGUUGCAAAAAGCUUGAGAGGUUACUUGCCAGUGCAAAGAUCCCUCCUGCUGUCAAUCAAGUGGAGAUGAACCCAAUAUGGCAGCAGAAGAAGCUGAGAGAAUUCUGUGAGGGAAAGGGUAUUCAUCUAACAGCUUACUCGCCAUUAGGAGCCAGUGGAAGCACACUUUGGGGAAAUCACCAUGUCAUGGAAUGUCAAGUACUGAAAGACAUUGCAAAUUCCAAAGGGAAGACAGUUGCUCAGGUUUCUCUCAGAUGGGUUCAUGAACAAAGAGUAAGCUUAGUUGUAAAGAGCUUUAACGAAGAAAGAAUGGAAGAGAACCUGAAUAUAUUUGAUUGGAAUUUAACUAAAGAAGAAUUGCAUAGGAUAGAGCAAAUUCCUCAGAGGAGGGGAAAUUAUGUUGAAUAUUUCAUAUCAGAAAAAGGUCCUUACAAAUCAAUCGAGGAGUUCUGGGAUGGAGAAAUUUAAGUUCAAGUUGUGGCUUCUAAAUUCCACCAGUAAAAUAGAGUAUUGUUUGGUAAAUAUUAUUCUUAAUUAAAUGUACUUUGAAUUUAUAGACCAAAAGAAGAAAUAA